AUUCGCAUUUAACGCACGCUUUUUUGAGGCAGGAGCUGCUUUGCCUGAACCCGGCCACUUUGUAAAGUUUGUCGAUCGUUGAAACGUGUUGCUUCGAUAAGUACCUUCUAGUUUUAAUAACAAUGAGGGCUUCGCUGAGUUUCUUUGCUGUGGUGAUGAUAAUGGGUUUGUUUGCCGAGCUGACUAUAGCUAUGAUAACGACAGACCCUGCGUGUCAUCGCUUACGGACAAAGGUGGACAAGGUGCGCAGGUACUGCGUCUACCUGUGCCACAUGCCCGAAGGAGACGUGAGAAUGGGAUUGGAGGAAGAUGGAACUCCCUGCAAGUCCUUGAUCCACGAAGGUGUCUGUCGGAGGGGCCGGUGUCGCAUUGUCUAAACCCAGGAAGGCAUUGUCUCCCAAAGGCAACGACGACAGUGUCACUGAAGAAAGUCCGCAGUCGACCUUGAAGCGAAGCUAGACGAAAGUGAAGCUUUACAAGAGUGGUUGACACUAUAUGAGUGUGAUAAUACAUGAGAGUGAUGCUACGUGUGGGUGACUUCACACGAUAGUGGUAGUACACACAUGUGGCUUGAUUCGUGUAGUAAUAAUGUAGAAUAAUCUCAAGCCAUCUGUGGUAGCUAGGAGUAUCAGCCAAACUGAUAUGCUACCUCAUUUAGAAACUUGGCGUGUUGCACUACGCAGCUGAGGUGACAUAUUAUGGCGCCAACCACGAACGUUUUUAACGAUACUUUUCCGGCAGCACUCAAAUUGAAUACAUGUUUUCUGCUAUGCGAA